AUGUUUUUGUCAUCUGGCCACAUGGAAGAGCCAGUUGGAUAAUGAACUCUUGUCUUUAGCUUGAGUUAUCUAUCACCUUAUCCUCUCAGGGUCCUUGAUAGCUUUUUCUAUUGUAAUAGUUUACGGCUUGCAUAAUCAGAACUGUUUUGCUUCAUUGAUUUGUGAUUUGAGAUGACUCUCUUGGCCUGCAACACUUUUUUUGAGGCCGCUCCAUCUGAUUUGACAUCUGAUUUGAGUUACUGGAAUAAGCUAAUUAAGAGUAAAUUACUCAAAGGAAAUGCCGAACAAGCUAUUCUGACAUACAUAAAUAUGCAAGAACUUGGAAUUCAUGCUGAUAAUUAUUCUUUUCCAGUUUUGCUGAAAGCAUGUAGCAGUUUGCGGAGUUAUUCUGUUGGGUUAAUGCUCCAUGGCCAAACUAUUAAGGCUGGUUUUUGUGGCCAUGUCUUUGUGCAAACAGCUCUGUUGGAAAUGUAUGGGAGUCUAAGAUGCAUUGAUGAAGCUUAUAAAGUGUUUGAUAGGAUGCCUCAGAGAGAUGUUGUUGCAUGGAACGCCAUGUUAAGUGCGUUUUCUUCUUGUGGGCAGAUGGAUUCCGCGAUGAUAUUGUUUAAUUCAAUGCCUUCAAAGGAUCUUUCGUCUUUCAAUAUCAUGAUCUCUGGGUUUGCCAGGAUGGGGAGCAUGCAUGCUGCCAGAAAUGUAUUCGAUGCGAUCCCUGUUAAAGAUGUUGUUUCAUGGAACUCAAUGAUAUUGGCUUGUACUAAUGGUAAAGAAAUGGAGCAAGCUUGUGAAAUGUUUAAGCAAAUGCCAGUUAAAAAUGUCAUUUCAUGGAACACAAUAAUCACUGGGUACUUACAUUGCCAACUUUACUCUGAAGUUGUUGCUUUGUUUGAUGAAAUGCAAGCUGAAAACUGCAAACCUGAUUAUCUUACUGUGACCAGUGUUCUAUCUGCAUGUGCCCAUCUAGGAUCUCUGGAAACCGGCGCAAGAAUACAUAUAUAUGCUAAAGAAAAUGGACUUUCCUUCAGCCCCCAUGUUGUAACAGCUUUGAUAGACAUGUAUGCCAAAUGUGGCAGCAUACAACACGCUCUAGAAGCGUUCUAUAAGUCCCAAGUUAAGGACAUAUACUGCUGGAAUGCCAUAAUCACCGGGCUAGCUCUUCAUGGUUAUGGACAUGCUGCACUCAAACUCUUCAGCUUAAUGAGAGAUGAUUGUAUAAAGGUUGAUGAUGUUACCUUCAUUAGCGUUCUUAGUGCUUGUAGCCAUGCGGGGUUGGUGCAAGAGGGUUGUGAACUGUUCAGUUGUAUGAAAAAGGACUUUGGAAUUACCCCUAAGUUAGAGCAUUAUGGGUGCAUGGUUGAUCUUCUGGGACGCGCUGGGUUUCUUGACUGCGCGAUGCAACUGAUUGAAGCUAUGCCAUUUCAGCCAACAGAAUCCAUCUGGGGUGCUCUACUUAGUGCUUGUGUGAUUCACCAGGAUCUGGAGACAGGGGUAAAAAUAGUAAAGCUGAUUUCUUCCAGGGCUCAGCACUUGAGUGAUGGGGAGCUUAUGAUGUUUGUGAACUUAUAUGCAUCCUGCAAUCAGUGGGAAGAAGCAAACAGAUGGAGAAACAUGAUGAAUGAUACAGGCAUAAUUAAAACUACUGCAUGCAGCCUAAUAGAGAUUAAAGGAAAAUAUCACAAAUUUUUGGCUGGGGGAGUGGGGGAUAAAGCAAAUGUGUUCACCUAAGUAGAUACCAGUUCAAAGCACUGUGUCAGAGUUAAUAUUGCUUUGGUAUCAACCUUUGCUUAUUGUAUUCAGAUGCACACGACUCUUGUUGCAAACAGGUUUGCCUUCUUUUCUUACCAUUUACAAGAACACAUUCAAUGUAGGUGAGGAUUCAAGUUGAUCUAGUUUGGAUUCGAAUUCAUAUUCAGUUUAAACAAAUUGUAUUGAAAAUAGAGUUACAAUUUGUUUUAUUGAUCUCUCGAGACAUUUUUUGCUUGUCUGUCUUUGACGAUACUGUUUACCUGGCUCAAAUGAGUUCAAGGCCCUUUGAGCUCGACUCUACCACCAAAUAGAUAAUGUUAUUAUAUUUAGGUCAA